CAUCUCUCUCUCUCUCUCUCUGUACACAAAAAGUGAAGAAUUUCAUUGCAUUUGUGAAGGGAAAGGGGUUUAAGUUGCGUUACCUCUCUCUGUCUAUAACAGAUAAGAGUUAUUUACAAGAAGUGAGAAUUUUCAGUGCAUUGGUUGAAGGAAAGAAAAAGACCCAAGAGCUAUUUACAAGAAGUGAGAAUUUUCAGUGCAUUGGUUGAAGGAAAGAAAAAGCAUACAACAUGCAAAUCUGUCAUCUGCAAAAGAUAAUAUGGAUGUUUCGGGUCAUAACUACUCCAAACAAGAAGAAUGAUUUGAAAGACCAAGAAGCAGCCAUUGUGACUACUCACCAGUUUUGCUAGGCACUGACUCACCUCUACACACAAAGCUAUGCAAGAGGCCAGUGGGGCCCACCAUGUAGAUAACAUGGUCCAAGAAACAGCACAAUCCACGCAUCAGACAAAAGAUGCUCGGCAAGACACUCGCUGAGCCUGGUGGAGAACUUAAUGUUAGCUUCGGCUACCAAUUCAAUGGCAAGAAGUCGAGCUUCUCUGAGGCAUCUGAUGGAUUUGAAGCCCCACCAGAAGUUUACGAUGGAGAUGCAAAGAUUCGAAGGAGAAGCAGCUCAUUUUCUUGCUUAUCAGGGGCUGCUCUCAGCGCUAAUGCCACUUUGGCAAAUACUAACAUUUGCAAUGGUUUGAUUGGAGCUGGAAUCCUGCCUGGUUUGGAUUCUCCGACAUCAUUCCGGAGGGUCCCUUCAUCGCCAUCCAUCUCAAGGCUGGAUAUGUUAUCGUCUUCUCUUCAAAGUAAUAUUUCUACCUUGAGUGGCAGCUUAUCUACUCACAGUGAGUCCUUUGAAUGUGAUUCAAGUGUAUUGAAAUCAAUGAGCGCUCCUUCAAGGAGUGAAGGCUUUCUAAAUGCCGUGGAAGUAGAAAUGGCUGGUGGGGCAGCUGGUGAAGACAGAGUCCAAGCUAUCUGUUCCGAAGAAGAUGGAUGGGUCUUUUGUGCAAUCUAUGAUGGAUUCAAUGGGAGGGAUGCAGCUGAUUUUUUGGCUGGAACGCUAUAUGAGAACAUCGGAUUUUACCUGAAUCUACUGGACCGGCAAAAGAAGCAGCAAAAUUCCAUCGCUUCAGAUGACUUGGGUUCAGACGGGUCCCUUCUAUAUUUUCUGGAAGAUGGUAGUUUUGAAGAAAAAUCACCCAGCAAGGAUUUGUUGGAUAUUGUUUGGAAAGAGGAUGGCCCUCCUGAUCCAUUGAAAGAUGGGGUGGUUGAUAGUCUCCGGCGUGCUCUGUCUCAAGCCGAGAGUGAGUUUCUUAAUAUGGUCGAGCAGGAAAUGGAUGACCGUCCCGAUUUAGUAUCCGUUGGAUCUUGUGUUUUGGUGGUGCUUCUUUAUGGGAAGGAUCUGUAUACACUCAAUUUGGGUGACAGCAGGGCUGUACUGGCAACAAUGAAUGAAGGUGUUGAUGUGGACGGAACCGAGCCUUUGGAAGCUGUUCAACUUACAGAGAGUCAUUCGGUUGAUAAUGAAACGGAGCGGAUGCAGCUCUUGCAUGAUCAUCCUGAUGAUCCUUCAACAAUUGUGGCUGGAAGAGUGAAAGGAAAACUGAAGCUGACUCGUGCAUUUGGAGUUGGUUAUCUGAAGAAGAGGAAAAUGAACGAUGCUCUAAUGGGCAUUCUUCAAGUGCGGAACCUUUUGAGUCCUCCAUAUAUCUCCACCAAACCAUCAUUAAGCGCUAGAAGAGUUUCAAAUGGUGAUUGCUUUGUAAUCGCUGCCAGCGAUGGUCUGUUUGACUUCUUCAGCAAUGACGAGGCUGUACAGCUAGUACAUUCUUAUAUCAAGAGCAGUCCUCAUGGAGAUCCAGCCAAGUUCCUGCUAGAGCAGCUCCUAUUAAAAGCGGCAGACAAUGCAGGCCUUACUAUGGAAGAGUUGAUGAGAAUCCCUGCUGGUUGUAGAAGGAAAUAUCACGAUGACGUCACUGUGAUCGUGAUUCUCCUUGGUAGUGACCAGCGCAUGUUGAAGGCAUCAACAUGUCUGUAAGUAUACAGUCAUUUCACUAGAUGUUUUACAAAUUGCAGCCAUGUUAUCCUGUUAUCGCUGCAUUUUCUCAUUCUCAUACUUUGUACAGAUUAUGAGAAAAAUAGCCUAACAAAUUUCUGUAUAUCCUGUCUUUGAAUUUCAUUGAAAUUACAAAAUUGUCUUGAUUGGUAGACGGAAGGGUAUUGUAUAGUGUCAAUGAAUAAAUACUAUUUUGUGUGUUAAUGUACAUGGCAUUGUUCAUAU